UGCUGUGUGGCAGCUCGGGAUGUUUUUGUAGGGUCUAUCAUAAGUCCCCAGGCUGCAGCAGCCGCCCGGUGGGCACGUGGCCGGGGGAGAGAGACGAGCCGGUCUGUUCCCCUCUAGGGACCGGGAGUCGUCCGGCCGCCCGCGGGACAAUGGACAAGAGGGAAGAAUCCAGGGGUCACCUGGACCCACCGGCCGCCUUCGGAGCCCCCAGACCCCCCGGUCCUAGGGGGCUGAUCCCUCCCUCCCAUUUCCAGAGCCGGUCGGCGCCUCCCCUGGCUGCUUCUGGAGCGGCGCCCUGGAGGGCCGGGUCGCCCUGCUGGCAGCCCCAGGAGCUCACGGACCUGAGGCAGGAGAACCAGCGCCUCCGAGAUGAGCUGCACAGAUGGGCAGCAGAGGGCACCAGGGCACCCAGGGGGAGGGCAGGAGCGGAAACGGAGGAGCCUGGAGCCAGGACCAGGUCCCUGGACAGGGAGGCGGAGCCCCCUGCUGCCCGUCAUGCCCUGGCCAUAUCCCAGCAGGCCGAGCUCAUUUCCCACCAGCUCCACGAGAUCCAGCGGCUGGAGGCGGAGCUAGCUGGGCUCCAAGCUGCUGCCCUCCAGCAGGAGGCCACGGUGGCUGCCAGGGAAAGCACCGUGGCCUGUCUGCAGGGGGAGCUGGAGCAGCUGAGGGGGAGGAGCCGGGCUGAGGGCGAAGCCCUGAGGGCGGAGCUAGAGGAGCAGAAGAGGCGUGGCCAGGCAGAAGUUACUGCCCUGAAGGCGGAGUUGGAAGAGCUGAGGAGGCGUGGCCAAGCGGAAACUCAUGCCCUGAGGGCGGAGCUAGAGGAGCAGAGGAGGCGUGGCCAAGCAGAAGCUGAUGCCCUGAGGGCGGAGCUAGAAGUGGCCGCUGAGCAGCACCAGCAGGAGCUGGCGGUGGCGCGGGGGGAGCUGCAGGCGGCGCUGGAGGAAGGGAAGGCCCAGACCCAAAGGGCGACAGAGCGCCUGCAGGGGGCGCUGGGGGAGCACCAGGCUGAGCUCUCCCGUCUCUGCGUGGCCCAUGGGGCUGAAGUCGGCUCCCUGCGGCAGCGGGCCCUGCAGCUGGAGCAGGAGCUGGAGGCGAGGGGACGGGCGCGCCAGAGCCUGCAGGAGCAGCUCAGCACGGCCCAGGCGGAGCUGGCCUCCCAGCAGGCCCUGCUGCAGCAGCUGCGGACCUACGUGGGGGAGCAGGGGAGCGGGCUGGGCCCCGAGAGGCAGCAGCUACUCGGCCAGGUGCAGCGCCUAGAAGGGGAGCGCGACUCCCUGAGGACGACGGCGGAGCUGCUGCAGCUCAGACUGGCCUCGCUCAGCGACAUCCUGGCCCUGCAGGAGCUGGAGCUGACCAGGAAGCCCUGUGACCCCCUGCAGCCCGAGCCAGCCCAGAAGAGCCAGUCCCUGCUGAGCCGUUGGCGGGAGAAGGUCUUUGCCCUCAUGGUGCAGCUCAAAUCCCAGGAGCUUGGCCAUGUGGAUGCCACCAACCUGCUCCAGAGGAAGGUCUCAGAGCUGCAGGGCGAAGUGGAGUCGAGGGACCAGAAGGUGGCGCUGCUGCUUCACAGUCUUCAGGAUAAGACAGCUGAGGCCAACAUGGAACGAGUGAACAACAAGACGCUCCGGGCUGAGCUGUCCCACCGAGAGGACUCAGGGCAGCUUCUCCAGCGCCGGGCGGAAGCGGCCGAGGGCGCCUUGCGGGGUCUUGUGGAGAUCGUGAGGAGGUACCACUGGGGGGCGCUCUGUCACAACCUCGACUGUUCCCUCAUCCUCCCGUUCUGGGGUCGCAGGCCCGGCGGGUGGGAGGCCAAGUGUGUGAUUGGUCAGGAUGUGGAGGUCAUGCCUUCUGACCCUCGGUCUUGUCCUGUCCACAGGCUCCAUCAGCAGGUUGGGGGGCAGGAGGCGGAGCUGAAGGCGGCCGCAUCGAACCUGGCGGGACUGGGAAACCGAGUCACCUUUGCCGCCAAGAGAGUCGACACCAUCCAAGGGCUGGUGUCUCGUAAAGUGGCCCUGGCUCGACUGCAGAGAGACGAGCAGCCCAAGGCCGCUGGCUCGGAGAACGACGGCCCGUCCCACGAGGCUCUCCGGGCCGAGCUGGCCCUGCUGCACCAGGAGCGGGACCGUCUGGUGGCCGAGCUGAAGAAGGGGGCCCAGAUCCUCAAGCAGCAGGUGGCCGAAGCCCGGGAGAAAGCGGAGCUGGAGCUGCGGGAGGCGACGUGGAGCCUGCAGGGGGCGCUGGGGCAGAAGGAGGCGGCGGAGCGGGAGCGGGAGCGGCGGCAGCAGCAGGGGCAGCUGGAGGGGGCGCAGCGGGAGCUGCGGGAGAGCCUGGAGGAGGCCGAGGGGCUGAGACGGGAACUGGCUGGGCUGCGGCCUGAAUAUGAGAGAGCCCUACAGGAGAAGGUGACGGAGGUGGAGACGCGGCUGCGUCAGGAUCUCUCGGAGCUGGAGCAGAGGCUCAGCGAGGCCCGAAGGGAGCAGACAAAGGCCGUGGUGGCCCUGCGUCAGGCCGAGCGCCGGGCGGCCCGGGACAGAGCCAGGAGCCAGGAGCUGGCGCGGCUGCAGGAGGAAGCCAAGCGGGAGGAGACGGGCCGGCUGGGGACGCGGCUCCAGGCGCUGGAGAGAGACAAGAACCUGCUGAUGGCCACGCUGCGGCAGGAGGGGCUCCUGGCCCAGUACAAGUGGAACCGGCUGGCGGCCCAGCGGGACCCAGGGGAGCCAGUAGGGACCGGCCAGCAGCCACCGCUGGGGAAAGGGGGAGCCCGGCCUCCCUCCAAAGGUACCGACCUGCCUCCAGCCCCCCGCCGGGAUCCCACCCAGAGGCCUCCCACCCAAGUCCCUCCAGCCUGGGCUAUGGCCCACCCAGAGUUUCCCUGCUCCUGGGCUGUGGCCCCCCCUGCCUUCCCCUCCUUCCUUCCAGGAUUCCCACCCAGGCGGGGCUAUGGCCCCCUGACCCUCACCUGCUACGAUCUCCCCCAUGCUGAUCUCCCCUCAGAGACCCUGGCCACGGUGCUGGACGACCUGCAGAGCCUCAGCACGGCCCUCCUGCGGGAAGAGGACGAGGAGACGCCGCCAGGGGAGGAAGGCAGCGCCGAGGAUGAGAUGGGGCCGCCCUGAUGGGGGAUGGGGAGCUGCUCCCCGUCUGGCGGCUGG